AUGGCGAUUGCCAUUUCACAAGCAGUACUAUCACAUCGUGCCUCCGUACAAUUCGGAGUGCCCGGCACUGAUAUUCAGAUGACAUUCAAAAAUUACAGGGUUACCGGCAAUAUGAUCAGCGGUGCCGCUCAACAGCACAAAAAACGUCUAAUUCCACUAAGGAAGACAGAUGCCAUGAACCAUGCAGAACGUCGAAAUUUCUUGAUUUUGGAUGAUGUUUGGCGUUCUGGCGGAAGUGAAUGUUUUCAAAUAAUACCACCUGGUGGGAUUGGGCCAGAUGGGGAGCCGAUGUUUUUGCGGUUAAAUAUUGGUGGCACUCGUUAUAUGCUCCUUAUCGAUGCUCUUCUCAGAGCGGACCCAUCGGGAUUUCUAUCGAAGUUCGUCCAACUCACCCACACAGCUAGAUUAAAGGUUGCGGAUGCUUAUAUCCCAGCGGAGGACUCUUACUUCUUCCAGAGAUCUCCGGUGGCAUUCGAUGCGAUUUUUCAAUAUUAUGCAACCGGCGUAGUGCAUCGACCAUCAGAAGUAUGUCCAGCUUCAUUCCUCACUGAACUUGAUUUCUGGCGUAUUUCGCAUCAACAUGUUGGCUCAUGUUGUGCCGACAUUGUGCCACAAAAACGCGAAGAAGAAAAAGAAGACGAGAAGGUAGAUGACACUACAUUUGACAAUUUAAUGUUCGGCAAAGUGAGGAGGCGGAUGUGGACAUUCUUGGAAAGGCCGGGCUCAUCGAUGCAAGCCAAAGCUUUUGAGUUGUCUUCUACCCUAUUUGUAGCUAUCUCGGUGAUGGGACUCAGCUUCGGAACGAUCCCGGAUUUUCAGGUCACACACUACAUGCCCCCUCAUAACGACACCAUCGUGCUAGCCAACGGAACCGUAACCGUAGUGGAGAAGGUGGAGGAAAUGCGAGUCGAGCACCCGGCUUUUGUUUUUACCGAACGGAUAUGCAUCGCCUUUUUCACGGUCGAGUACUGCCUGAGGGUGUUCGCCGCCCCGCGGAAGUUCCGAUUCGCACUUAAACCGCUCAAUCUCGUCGACUUGCUAGCCAUCGUGCCGUUCUACCUCGAGCUACUGCUCACGCUCUGCGGUGUCGACGAUAAAAAGCUUCGGGACCUUCGAUGGGCUUUCCUUGUCGUGCGCAUACUUCGAGUGCUGCGAGUGAUCAGGAUUAUCAAGCUGGGCCGAUUCUCAUCCGGAUUACAAACGUUUGGUAUGACGUUACAGCGGUCGCAGAAACAACUUCAGAUGAUGACGAUAGUGUUACUGACCGGGGUGGUCUUCUUCUCGACUAUGAUUUAUUUUUUGGAAAAAGAUGAGGAUGGCACGCCUUUCACGAGUAUACCAGCAGCCUAUUGGUGGUGUAUUGUGACAAUGACAACUGUUGGAUAUGGCGAUGCUGUUCCGGCAACAACUAUGGGCAAAAUCAUCGCAUCAGCGGCGAUAAUGUGUGGAGUGCUAGUGCUAGCUUUGCCAAUUACGAUCAUCGUCGACAAUUUCAUCAAAGUGGCUCAGGACGAACAACAAGCGGAACAGGCUAAGCUCGACCAGAGCAGGCAAGAACUCGCCAUUCAAGCGAUGCUGCACGGCGAUGAAGACUAGCGCUCCUACUUCUAUUCAGCUCCUACACUUACUGCUAUUGAAUUCUGUUUUUUUAUUGUUUUUCGUUUGAUUUGGAACUUGGCCCGUUUCCAAGACUUAAUACGUGUAUAUCAGAUGUAUAGGUAUCUUUUCUCUUACUCUUUAAUUUUUUGAUAAAUUGUAAUCUAUAAGAUUAUGCAUUUUUCAUUUUAUCUACGGUGUGAAUGAAGAACAGUUAGGAAAGUGUAUGUAUGCGAGUUCAAAAAUCUUCACUUUUCAUCUCACUACGUCGUAGACUCCCUAGUUAAUCUAUAAGCAAUUCUUUUUUGACGUGGGAUAUCUUUGAUGACAUAUCAGGAACAGUAGACAUAGGUAA